AUGGAGCCCCCUUCAAAGAAGAUGCGCAAGCUUCUGGAUGACGAUAGCUCCAGUGACUCUGGCGAUGAUGCCGGUGGUGUGUCAAUCACCAAGUCACCAGCCACAGAUUUCAAAAUCAACGCAGACUACGCCAAGCGAUUUGAGUAUAAUAAGAAGCGCGAAGAAGUUGCAAGGUUGGAAUCGAAGUAUGGCAAAAACACUAGCAUGGGCAACCGCCGCGCCCAAGAAGAAUCCGAGGAAGAAUCUUCAUCUGAUGAGGAUGAGGAUGACAACGCUGAGCUUGCGACAGUAGCGCUUGAUGCAGAAAUCCAGGCGACCUUGAAUGCCAUUCGCUCCAAGGACCCCCGAGUCUACGACACCAACGUCACGUUCUACACAAAGUUCGAUGAAGACGAGGCCAACGCAGACCCCAAAGCGAAGAAGGAGAAGACUAUGACCUUGCACGAUUACCACCGCGAAAACCUACUCAGCGGUGCCCGGCCUGAUGAAGAGGAAUUUGUCCCUAAGACUUUUGCACAAGAGCAGGCCGAUUUGAAAAAUGAUCUGGUCAAGGAGCUGCAUGCCUCCGACGAUGAGAUGGAGGAUGCAGAUGAUUUCCUGGUUCGCAAAUCUGAGCCGGAAGUCUUCGAAAAGCCCGAUGUCAAGUUAGAUAUCAAGAACGCCGAGAAGGAUCCCGAAACUUUCCUUUCCAAUUUCAUGUCUUCUCGCGCAUGGGUUCCGGAAGACAGACCAGAGCUUCACCCAUUUGAAUCCGAGGACGAGGAUGAGGCAAACCGAGCCGAUGCCUUAGAAGAAGCAUACAACUUCCGCUUUGAGGACCCUAACAAACUCAACGAAGUGCUGGUCACCCACUCUCGUGAGGCUACAAACAAACAAUCCGCCCGACGAGAGGAGAAGAGCUCUCGCAAGAAGAUCCGUGAUGCUGAACGCCAGCAAAAGGAUGACGAGAAGAAAAAGCGUGACACUGACAAGAGUCGUCUGCGCAAAUUGAAGACCGAGGAGCUUCAAAAGAAGGUCGAACAGAUCAAGGAAGUCGCUGGAUUCAGAACAUCUGAUUUCACGGAUGAUGACUGGUCUCGAUUCCUCGACGAUGCCUGGGAUGAUAAGGAAUGGGAGAAAGAGAUGGAGAAACGAUUUGGCUCAGAUUACUAUGGCGAGGAUGCCACCAAGGAUAGCAAGAAGCACCCCUCGAAGCCUGAAUGGGACGAUGAUAUUGAUAUCACGGACUUGGUCCCAGACUUCAAGGACAAGGAAGACGAUUCGGAAAAUGAGAAAGAUGAUGAUGAUGAGGAGGAGGAGGCUCCUCGCCCAAAGAAGAGCAAUACCCAGGAUAAGCGUGACCAGAAGCGAGAGGCUCGCAAGGACCGCAUGCGUAUCGAAGAGGCCGUUGAACGCAACCUGGACCUGGACAUUACCAUGCUUCCUGGCGCGACCAAGAAAAACGCCACCAAGUUCCGUUACCGCGAGACUUCUCCCCAGAGCUUUGGCUUGACAGCACGGGAUAUUCUCAUGGCCGAUGAUCAGCAGCUUAACCAGUUUGCCGGUCUUAAGAAGCUUGCUUCGUUCCGUGAUGCUGAAUUGAAAGCUAAAGACGAGAGGAAACUGGGUAAGAAGGCUCGUUUGCGCCAAUGGCGUAAGGAUACUUUCGGUGAUGAGGAAGGUCCUGCCUUUGAAUUUGGAUCAGGCCCGAAGGAAAAGCAGGCGGAGGAUGUUGCUGAGGAUGGCAUGAAUGUUAAUAUUCGUGAGGGUGAUGGACGCAAGAAGCGCAAGCGUUCCAAGAAGCACUGA